AUGGUGGACUUAACUGCUAAUUUGAGCACUCUUUCUUAUGAGAGUGGGCUAACAGAAGAUGAGAAAAACUUACUUUAUCUCCGUGCUCGCUUCUCCGCACUGACAGUCUGCGGCUGCACACAUGCAUCUUUCCUGGUUAAUCUCGUCCACUCACUGAGAGGGAUCAUCAAAUGUCACACUGCAGACUCACUGGCAUCAGGAGAAGACUGUGACCUCUGCCUGGGGAUACUUGGGAUGGGUCACAUGGGAAAACAGUUGCUACACACCCUCCUGGAAAACACUGGCGUCAAACCAUCUCAUAUUAAAAUCUCUACUAGAAGACCAGAAUCUGCAGCGGUGUUUGUCCAGUCAGGCGUUGAAUGUUUCUUUGAUAAUCGCAGACUGGCAGCAUGGGCAGAUGUUCUGUUCCUCUGCUGUCUGCCAUCUCAUCUGCCUAAAGUCUGUGCUGAUCUCCACUCUCACCUGUCAAAACACUGCCUGGUGUACAGCUUCACCUCUGCUGUGCCUGUCACCAGAUUGGCACAACUAUUGGCACAUGACUUCAUUGUGAAACCGCAGUAUGUCUUUUCAGCUUGUGACACUGCAGACGUGUGGCCUUUUCCCAUGGAGGCAUCAUGUCCACUUACAAUGAAUGGAGGCAUUUCUCUGGGUCUGAACUGGAUGUGUGCAGUGUUGUACAGCCUGCUAAAUAUCUGCACCUUUGCCAGUCUGGGAUCCAGUGAUGCUCUCUCCGUGAUCAAGGGCAUCUUUAAAGAGAAAUGGCCACACACUGUGGAAUUAAACACACACAGUUUCAUCAGUUCAUCGUAUGCAUCUUCCCUGCUUGCAGAUGAACCAUUUCCCUGGAUUUCUCUCACUGAUGCCCAGACCAGGGAGACACCACUGCUGCGCUUUCUGACAAACAGUAAACCAAUGCAGCAAUGCAUCUCUGCAGCAUAUAAAUCACUGCUGGAGACCACAGAAAAAUGGGACUAA